AUGAUCGGUACUGCAGUCACUGCACCAAACUCCCAAGACACAUUCAAAAGGGCCACUGCAGAAAAAGGGGGCAUGGCAUUCUGCUCUAACAAGACAAAGUGCGACCACAUGCCAGUUGCCAAGACCAUGGCCAUCCUGGCUGAACAGGGGUUCGUGCUGCCAAAUCUGCCAUACAUGCUGGAUUUGGUUCCUAACAACUAUGCUCUAUUCAAUGCAUUGAGAGCUCCUCCAGGGAAAGAAGUUGAUCACCAAUGA